AUGUCAUCAGCUAAACCGGCACUCAAAGUAACCUCGGCAAACGGCGCCCCGGUGUCCUUCACCGACGCCGCCGGCAACGAAGUUCCCAUCACAAAAAUCCUCCCCGACGACGUCAAGGCUGCAAUGGGCUCGAACCCGUCUACUCCGCCGCCGUCGUUGAAAAAGAAAACAGUCAGCUUCCACGAAGACACGAAGCCGCCGUCAGAAGACACGCCUACUCGGAACGGCAACGCGAAGAUAAGGCGCAGCAGCAGCAGCAGCAGCGAACCGAACGAGUACGCAGUUCUCAUGCUCGACUACCUCAUGGCGCUCAUCCCAUUGACGACCGCCUACGCAAUCUUUGACAUUCUCGUGCGCAAGCAGUACCAAGAAGAACUCCUGCUGGAGACACUACCGAAACGGAGCCUGAUCACGUUCGGCGUCCUGUUUGUGCUGCACUCGGUCAUCCACCCGAGCCACACCAAGAUCGGGUUCCAGAUGCUGCUGAUGCUGGCGUUUGUCGUGCUCGGCGCGUAUUUGCUGACGGUCGUCAACGAGGCGAGUUAUCUGCAAAUCAUCAGUCGGGCGCCGCCGGUGGGCACGCUGCUGGUGUGGUUGUGUGUCGAGCUCGAGUAUUACUUUAGUUUAUCGGCUAUUGUGACGGUUUUGUUUGUUUCGUAUCUGGUGAAGGUCUGA